GGGCCGGGCGGCGGCGGGCAGGUGCCUGGCCAGGCUCGGAGGGGCGCGCCGGGGGGUGCCCCAGCCGGGGCCCUGCGAGCGCUAGGUAGUUCCAUUUUGCCAGCAGAAUGAAUACAGAAAGAGACUCAGAAACAACAUUUGAGGAAGAUUCUCAGCCGAAUGAUGAAGUGGUUCCCUACAGUGAUGACGAAACCGAAGAUGAACUCGAAGACCAAGGGCCUGCUGUUGAGCCAGAACAGAAUCGAGUCAACAGAGAAGUGGAAGAAAACCGGGAUACAAUUAGAAAAGAUUGUACCUGGCAAGUCAAAGCAAAUGAUCGAAAGUUCCACGAACAACCUCAUUUUAUGAACACUAAGUUCUUUUGUAUUAAGAAAAGCAAAUAUGCGAAUAAUGCAAUUAAAACAUACAAGUACAACGCAUUUACCUUUCUACCGAUGAAUUUGUUUGAGCAGUUUAAGAGAGCAGCCAAUUUCUAUUUCCUGAUCCUUCUUAUCUUACAGGCAAUUCCUCAAAUAUCUACCCUGGCAUGGUACACAACACUUGUGCCCCUACUUCUGGUGCUGGGCAUCACUGCUAUCAAAGACCUGGUGGACGAUGUGGCUCGGCAUAAAAUGGAUAAGGAAAUCAACAAUAGGACAUGUGACGUCAUCAAGGAUGGCAGGUUCAAAAUUACCAAGUGGAAAGACAUUCAAGUUGGAGACGUCAUUCGUCUGAAGAAAAAUGAUUUUGUUCCAGCUGACAUUCUGCUGCUAUCCAGCUCUGAGCCCAAUAGCCUCUGCUAUGUGGAAACAGCCGAGCUUGAUGGAGAAACCAAUUUAAAGUUCAAAAUGGCACUUGAAAUCACAGACCAAUAUCUUCAAAGAGAGGACACUUUGGCAACAUUUGAUGGUUUUAUUGAAUGUGAAGAACCAAACAACCGACUAGAUAAGUUUACAGGAACACUAUUUUGGAGGAAUAGAAGUUUUCCUUUGGAUGCCGAUAAAAUUCUGUUACGUGGUUGUGUGAUUAGGAACACCCAUAUCUGCCAUGGUUUGGUCAUUUUUGCAGGUGCUGACACUAAGAUAAUGAAGAAUAGUGGGAAAACCAGAUUUAAAAGAACUAAAAUUGAUUAUUUGAUGAACUACAUGGUUUACACGAUCUUCGUUGUUCUCAUCCUGCUCUCUGCUGGCCUUGCCAUUGGCCAUGCUUACUGGGAAGCGCAAGUUGGCAAUUCCUCUUGGUACCUCUAUGAUGGAGAAAAUGCCACUCCCUCCUACCGUGGAUUCCUGAAUUUCUGGGGCUACCUCAUCGUUCUGAACACCAUGGUACCCAUAUCUCUCUAUGUCAGUGUGGAAAUAAUUCGUCUGGGACAGAGUCAUUUCAUUAACUGGGACCUGCAGAUGUACUACUCUGAGAAGGACACACCCGCAAAGGCUAGGACCACCACGCUAAAUGAGCAGCUCGGGCAGAUCCAUUAUAUCUUCUCUGAUAAGACGGGGACACUCACGCAAAAUAUCAUGACCUUUAAAAAGUGCUGCAUCAAUGGGCAAAUCUAUGGAGACCAUCGAGAUGCUUCUCAACAUAGUCACAGCAAGAUAGAGCAAGUUGACUUUAGCUGGAAUACAUUUGCUGAUGGGAAAUUUGCAUUUUAUGACCAUUAUCUUAUUGAGAAAAUCCAAUCAGGGAAGGAGCCAGAAAUCCGGCAUUUCUUCUUCUUGCUUGCAGUCUGCCACACAGUCAUGGUGGACCGUACCGACGGUCCAAUCAACUACCAGGCAGCCUCUCCUGACGAAGGUGCCCUGGUAACUGCCGCAAGGAAUUUUGGCUUUGCCUUUCUUGCCAGGACACAGAACACGAUCACCAUCAGUGAGCUGGGUACUGAAAGGACCUACAAAGUUCUCGCCAUUUUAGACUUCAACAGUGACCGGAAGCGAAUGUCUAUAAUAGUGAGAACCCCUGAAGGCAGUAUCAGGCUAUAUUGUAAAGGUGCUGACACUGUAAUUUAUGAGCGGUUACAUCGAAUGAAUCCUACAAAGCAAGAAACACAAGAUGCCCUGGAUAUCUUUGCAAGUGAAACUCUUCGAACUCUGUGCCUUUGCUACAAGGAAAUUGAAGAAAAGGAAUUUGCAGAAUGGAAUAAAAAGUUCACGGCUGCUAGUGUGGCCUCUACCAACCGGGAUGAAGCUCUGGAUAAAGUGUAUGAGGAGAUUGAAAAAGACUUAAUUCUAUUAGGUGCUACAGCUAUUGAAGACAAGCUACAGGAUGGAGUUCCAGAGACCAUUUCAAAACUCGCAAGAGCUGACAUUAAGAUCUGGGUGCUCACAGGAGACAAAAAGGAAACUGCCGAAAAUAUAGGAUUUGCUUGUGAACUUCUGACAGAAGACACCACUGUCUGCUAUGGGGAAGAUAUAAAUUCUCUUCUUCACACGCGGAUGGAAAACCAGAGAAACAGAGGUGGAGUCUAUGCAAAAUUUGCACCUGUUGUGCAUGAACCCUUUUUCCCACCUGGUGAAAACCGUGCCUUAAUAAUCACCGGUUCGUGGUUGAAUGAAAUUCUUCUAGAGAAAAAGACCAAGAAAAGUAAUAUUCUGAAGCUGAAGUUCCCCAGGACAGAAGAAGAGAGACGAAUGCGGACCCAAAGUAAAAGAAGGCUCGAAGCCAAGAAGGAGCAGCGGCAGAAGAACUUUGUGGACCUGGCCUGUGAGUGCAGCGCUGUCAUCUGCUGCAGGGUGACCCCCAAGCAGAAGGCCAUGGUAGUGGACCUGGUGAAGAGGUACAAAAAGGCCAUCACGCUGGCCAUUGGAGAUGGAGCUAACGACGUGAACAUGAUCAAAACUGCCCACAUUGGUGUUGGAAUAAGUGGACAAGAAGGAAUGCAAGCUGUCAUGUCCAGCGAUUACUCCUUUGCCCAGUUCAGAUACCUGCAGAGGCUGCUGCUCGUGCAUGGCCGGUGGUCUUACAUAAGGAUGUGCAAGUUCCUGCGAUACUUCUUCUACAAAAACUUUGCAUUUACUUUGGUUCAUUUCUGGUACUCCUUCUUCAAUGGCUAUUCUGCACAGACAGCAUACGAGGACUGGUUCAUCACCCUGUACAAUGUGCUCUACUCCAGCCUGCCUGUGCUCCUCAUGGGGCUGCUUGACCAGGAUGUAAGUGAUAAACUAAGCCUCCGAUUCCCUGGGUUGUAUGUAGUGGGACAAAGAGAUUUAUUGUUCAACUAUAAGAGAUUCUUCGUCAGCUUGUUGCAUGGAGUGUUAACAUCGAUGGUCCUCUUCUUUAUCCCUCUUGGAGCUUAUCUGCAAACUGUGGGGCAGGAUGGAGAGGCACCUUCAGACUACCAGUCUUUUGCAGUCACGGUUGCCUCAGCUCUAGUAAUAACAGUCAAUUUCCAGAUUGGCUUGGAUACUUCUUACUGGACUUUUGUGAAUGCUUUUUCAAUUUUUGGAAGCAUUGCACUUUAUUUUGGCAUCAUGUUUGACUUUCACAGUGCUGGAAUCCAUGUUCUCUUUCCAUCUGCCUUUCAAUUUACAGGCACAGCUUCCAAUGCUCUGAGGCAGCCGUACAUUUGGCUGACUAUCAUCUUGACUGUUGCAGUAUGUUUAUUGCCUGUUGUUGCCAUCCGUUUCUUGUCGAUGACCAUCUGGCCAUCAGAAAGUGAUAAGAUCCAGAAACAUCGCAAGAGGUUGAAGGCGGAGGAGCAGUGGCAGCGGCGGCAGAACGUGUUCCGUCGGGGCGCGUCGUCGCGGCGCUCGGCCUACGCCUUCUCGCACCAGCGGGGCUACGCAGACCUCAUCUCGUCCGGGCGCAGCAUCCGCCGGAAGCGCGCGCCGCUGGACGCCAUCAUCGCAGAUGAGGGCAUCGCGGAGCCGGGCGCCGCUGAGUACAGGCGCAAGGUGGAGAGCUGAGGGCUGCUCCGCGGCUGAACAGCCGCACCCCAGAAAUGUCUAUUUUUUUAUGGAAGACUCUCAGGACUUUUUUUUUUUUUUAAAGUGACUGUGUCACAAAGAUACUGAAGGCAAUAAUUUUUAUAACAAACUACUUGGGUUGGGCUAUUACACAAUAGCAACGCCAAGAAAAUCUAUUACUCAGCUGGUUAUGGUCGUUAUGAUUCAAAGGGAAUGUUUCAAUCCAGACUCAAUCUGGGACAACGGAAUUAAGAAGAUGUCUUAUAUUUCAGUUGAAUGACCCUACGUUAUAAAAUUACGACUAAAUUUUCCUGUCUGUGAUCUUCAGCAUGGAUUUCUCAGGGGUUUUCUUCCCCCUAGUAAAGCAUGUAAGUCUGUGUGUUUGUGUGGGUGGGUGGCUGGCUGGCUGGGGAUUGAACCUAGAGCCUUGCACAUGCCGGGAAAGAGCUUUACUACGGAACUACAUGCCAGUCCUAACCAUGAUUUAUACGCUUUUUACAAAAGUUAUUAAAAACUGAAGAUAUUAUCAAUGGGUACUAAAUUACAAUUAGGAGAAAUAAAUCCUGGUGUUGCACAGUGGGAUGUCUGUACUGAUAAUGAACUAUGUGUUUCAAAAAGCUAAAGGAAAAAAAUUUGAAUUUUUUUCACUACAGAAAGAUAAAUGUUUAAAGAGACAGGAAAACUAUGAUCUAGACACAAUACAGUGUGUACACUUAUUAAACUAUUACAUGUAGGCUGGGGGUGUACAGCACCAUGCAGAAGACUAUGGGUCCAAUCCCCACAUGCUAUUUUAAUAAAAGGAAUCAUCAGAUGGUAUACCAUAAAUAUAUAUGAUUAUUAUGUGUAAAUUACUAAUUUAAUUUUUUAUUUUAAAAAAUCUCUACCAAAAAACUUAGUUGUAGCUCCCUUUAGAGGAAGACACUAUUUUAGCGAGGUGUGGUGGUGCACACCUGUAAUUCUAGGGCCUAAUACUCAGGAGACUGAAGUGAGAGGACUGCCAUGAGGUUG